CAGCUUCCCUUCCGCGCCCCGGUUCCCCUUCCGGGAGCGCAGGCGGCCGCCGCUACUGCUUUCCCUCGGCCUGCAGCUCUCCUGCUGCGACCAUGGCAGCUCGGACACCCGGGGCUGCCUUGCGGCUCUGCGCCACUGUAACCAGGAUGUGCCAGAUCCUCUUCCGGAAUACUAUUGGUGGUGGAGCUCAAGACCUAUGAAAUUGGGAAUAAAAACUAACCGUUUGGAAGAGAUUAACCAAAGAACGUAGAUGCAUAUAUGCAAAACUCAUGGACACAGGCAGUAGUGCGCUAAAGUAUGUAGAAUGGUAUUUGGAGUUUAUGCCGAGGAGAUCAUUGGUAUUAGAGAAAAAGGAAAAGCAACAAUUUCUAUCCCUAUUCCAAAAAGAUGGCAUGUGACAAGGAAAAAUGGGAUGAAAGUGGAAGUAUAUUUAAAAAGAACCUCUGUGAUUUACUAGCCUUUCACAGUACGGUUGCAUGCAGAAUGUUUAUUAAACAUUUGAACUCUUUAUGCUUUUUCAUCACUUGUGCCCUGGGAUGGUUCAAUGAAUUUUUUGUUUUUUUACUUGAGAUGGCUUUCUGUAAAGGAUUCGUAGAAGAUUUAGAUGAAUCGUUUAAGGACAAUCGAAAAGAUGACAUUUGGCUUGUAGAUUUUUAUGCACCAUGGUGUGGUCAUUGUAAAAAACUGGAGCCGAUUUGGAAUGAAGUUGGUCUUGAAAUGAAAAGCAUUGGUUCGCCAGUUAAAGUUGGAAAGAUGGAUGCUACUUCCUAUUCUAGCAUUGCUUCAGAGUUUGGAGUUCGAGGUUAUCCAACAAUUAAGCUAUUAAAAGGGGACUUGGCAUAUAAUUAUAGAGGACCACGAACUAAAGAUGAUAUUAUUGAGUUUGCUCACAGAGUAUCUGGAGCACUAAUUCGGCCACUUCCAAGUCAACAAAUGUUUGAACAUGUGCAGAAAAGACAUCGUGUAUUUUUUGUUUAUGUAGGUGGAGAGUCAACUUUGAAGGAGAAAUACAUAGAUGCUGCUUCAGAAUUAAUUGUAUAUACAUACUUCUUUUCUGCUUCAGAAGAAGUGGUUCCUGAGUACGUGACUCUGAAGGAGAUGCCCGCCGUGCUUGUUUUCAAAGAUGAAACUUACUUUGUUUACGAUGAGUAUGAAGAUGGUGACUUGUCAUCUUGGAUCAACAGGGAGAGGUUUCAGAAUUAUCUGACUAUGGACGGCUUCCUCUUGUAUGAACUUGGAGAUACAGGAAAGCUUGUAGCUAUUGCAAUUAUUGAUGAGAAAAAUACAUCAAUUGAACAUACCAGUUUGAAGUCAAUUAUUCAGGAAGUUGCUAGAGAUUACAGAGAUCAGUUCCACAGUGAAUUGACUGUCCCAACUGUAGUUGUACUGAAUACUUCAAACCAACAAUACUUUUUACUAGAUAGAGAGAUCAAGAAUACUGAAGACAUGGUCCAGUUUAUUAAUAGCAUUUUGGAUGGCACAGUAGAAGCCCAAGGAGGUGAUAGCAUUUUGCAGAGAUUGAAAAGAAUGGUAUUUGAUGCUAAAUCUACUGUUGUGUCCAUAUUCAAGAGCUCUCCGAUCAUGGGCUGCUUCCUCUUCGGCCUGCCUCUGGGUGUCAUCAGCAUCAUGUGCUAUGGCAUCUACACAGCCGACACAGACGGAGGCUACAUAGAAGAGCGGUAUGAAGUGUCCAAAAGCGAAACUGAAAGCCAGGAAGCCACGGAGGAGAGCAGAGAACUGCAGGAGCCAAGGAGCGGACAGUCUCUACUGCCUGCCAGGCAGGAGCCCAAGGAUGUAUUAGAGAAGAAGACAGAUUGAGACUCUGCUAUGAUGUCAAAUUACUAUUAAAGAGCCUAUUUAUUGAAUUUAGAGGUUUAAUCAUGGUCUUUACAGAAGAGAACAAGUUAUUUGUAUUUUGCUAAUAUCAACUGCAUGGAUUACAGUAGUCCUUAAAAAUGGGGAGAUGUUGGGAACAAAGAGAGGAAAUAUGUAUCUAAAAAAAUAUUCCAUGGAAGUUUACCUUGUACAUGUUAAAACAGAUCAGUUCUUUGUGCAAGUUUCUCUGUCUGAAUAUUCGGUGACAGAAUUAAGAUUCCUGGGCUGAAUAUUUAAGUGCGUCAGUCAGGUAGGAGAUAGUGUUUGGUAGAGAAAAAUAGGAUUCCACCUCCUACCAUCAUUCUCUUAUAUUUUGAAUACAGUUUAUAUGGACAUAAGUCUUUAAAAUGUAGGGACUUUAAGGGGAACCAAUAACUUUUUCCAUGGAUCAUACUAAGAUUACGAAAUUUUAAAAAUUUGGUUUUAUAUGGCAUAGCAAUUUUAUUUUGUUAUUUUUAAAGGAGAGAAAAGUUACUUUUUAACUUUAUACUUAGUUGUGUUAUAAAAAUUUCACAUUGGCCUAAAUAGUGGCAAAAAAUAGUCUAUGUUUGAUAUUUGUAACAGAAACAGAUUUUCUUGGAGCAGUGAUUAUUAACCAUGCCUGCGAAGCUGUUGGCAGGCAUCUCAGCAGUCACUGUGGGAAAGGAAGGUGUCUGUGGCUCCUGCCCUGCAUUAGCCAGACAGCCUGCUUUAUUUCUCUGUUUUCUAUAUUGAGAUUUCUAAAAAUUUCCUUAGAUUAAAAGCACCUGCUGCUUUUUAAAAAGUAAUAUAUGUCAUAUUUUAUGUUUAUAGCAUUGUAACUUUUUGGUAACUUAUCUGUGUAUGUGUGUGUGUGUGUAUACAUGUGCGCACACACAUAUAUACAUAUCAUAUUUAUUGGCAUACAUCUGUUAUGUAAUACUAUGGGCAUGUCUAUGUUCAUAACGGGUAAUGAGUGACAUAAUCAGCCUGUCAACAAAAUCAUGCUCAGUGAUUUAAGAGGUCGACCAGUUAUCUUCUCCAUCCUCUCAAUUCUGUCAGCCCUCUCAGCCUGUCGUCUUCUCUCUAUAAUAAGAUGUAGGAAAUCUCUAUCUGACGGAAUGCAUAAAAAUUGGUGUUUUUAAGUAAUAGCUUGAUAUGUUUAUUGUAGAUUAGUUUAUCUUUGAGGUCUUGAUUGUAGCUAAGUUUAGAAUUUUUAUUAGAUGGCUUUUUUUCCUUGAGUAAUUGGGUUAUCCAAUAUAAAGAUUUUUAUCAAAUGUUUUAAAAUGUUCAUUCACUUUAAAACUGUAAUUUGUGGUCCUGACACUGGAGUUGUGCAGGGUUUUGAUCCCCAAGGGCAGUCUUUGGUGAUUUCUAAUGCCUCACUGAUCACAACUAAACUGAAGCUGUGUCUUAAGUACUGAGGAGUUACUAGUAAUUGUUUUAUUAUACCUAUGUACUUUAUUAAUAUGUAAUAAUUACUAAUUCUUAAUGUUUGGCACCCUGUUAGUAUUUUAUAGUAAGGAAUCACAUAUGCAGUCCCAAGGAAUUUCAGGAAAUAUUAGAAUGAAGUGUUCUUAAAUGGAAUUUAGAGAUAAAUGCUAUUAAUUUGACCAGUAGAUUCCUCUCCAAAGAGUAAUGAAGGAUUCUUUUGGAAGAUAAAUAUUAAUGUUCCUAGGGGUCAGGCUUGUUUUGCAACAGUGAAAAGCCAACAUAAAUACAGAUGCCUCACUUGAAUCUCAGCCUAGUAAGGAAGUUAGCUAUUGCCCAAAAAGCAGGAAAUGAUAGAAUAUGUUAUUUCUUUUUGCUUUGUGUUUAUCACUAUCAGAUGUCCAUCAUUUGCACGUUUUUUGUCUUUUCUCAAGUAUCAAAUGAAAGACCUCAAGGGGAAAAAAAAAUUAAAGAAAGAGUAAAGCUCAGUAUGUAUCAACAAACAAAAGUCCAGCGAUUUUUGUCUUUAGUCUCUGUUACCUUUUUCACAACUUUAUACUGUUUGUUGUCCCGUAUUCUGUUUGUGUUUCAAAGUGUGUCUAUUGGGAAAACAAAAUAUGUAGAUUGUUUGUAAGUGAAUAAUUUGACUUCCUUUUUUGUACUAGUAUUUUGCUUUUUACAUGUCUCUAGGAUAUUGUCAACUCUUUGCAAAACAAAUUUAAAUUUUGCUCACUGGUAUGCUUUUCCCUUCAAUGUGAUGUUAGAGCUUAUUAGAAAUGCUUUUUUUUUUUUUUCAUUUCCAGAAAAGAAAAAAGAAAAAAAAAAAAACACUUCAAAAUAAAGGUAGAUUUCUUAAGGAAUCUUGUAGAACAGAUCCUAAUUCUAUAAUGAAUCUUCCUAUGAUUACAUAGAAAGAAAGAGUGGGAAUUGCUUGCAGUCUGUGGGCCUUGUUACAGUAGUAAAGUUCAUUUCUAACUUCCAAAAUGCAAAGUUCUAGAUGUUUGCUGUUGCUGAAUCUGGUGCCCAGACAGUUGUCAAAGAUAAUUCAGAGAGAGUGCAUGUUUUUAAUCAAGCCAUGCAUCCCAUGUGCUUGCAAUUCUUUUAGUUUUACUGUGUACUUUAAUAUUUCUCUAAUAUUGCUGCUUCUGAAACUUCUUUGACAUGGAUUAGAUCUAGAAUUUUCAUUUUCUUCUUCACACAUGCUUCCUGGUAUCUGAUUUAGUAGUAACAUUAGGAGCCAAAUGCCUAGAGGUUAAAGAAGGAGUCUGUAUGAGUAAACAAUUAGCUGUAUUGUUUUUGGUUAGUGGAUUUUUGUUGUUUCUUGUGAUUUGUUUCAGGGGUCUUAUUUUGUUGUGGGUUUUUUUUUGUAUGUUUUCUUUUGUUUUUAUUUUGCAAAAAUAAUUUCAAUAUUUUCAUAGAUUCAAUCUGAUACGAAGGUAUGACAGGGAAAAAUCCCUGGGCUGUUCUUAUGCAGAAAUUGCCCAGUUACACCAAUGUGGGAUGUUAAGACAGUCAAUAAGUGGGGUUAGGUUUGCCAUUUUAUUUUUAUAAAUAUCUAUUUUUCCUGAAUGUGUCCGAGUCCAAGAGUGGGCCAACAGUUUUCUACAUUGGACUAAUCUAUAAAGGUUUUUUGAGAGUCUGUAUUACUAGCUGAAUCCUAAUAUCCUGCCUUAGGACGCCAAUUGUAAACCUUUGUUUUUCUAAAAUAAAUUAACUGAAAACAUGUAA